AUGGACUGCGUUGUCAAGUCCUGGAUCUCCGACACCAUCUCUGCCGAUCUUGCUGAGACGGUGAUGGAGUGUGGCACCUCUGCCCGCACCAUCUGGCUCACCCUCGAGAAUCAAUUCCUCAGGAAUCGCGAGACGCACGCCUUCCACCUCGACGCCCAAUUCAGGAACUUCGUUCAAGGUGACCUUUCCAUCUCCGACUACUGCAAGCACUUCAAGAACAUGGCGGAUGCUCUCGCCGAUCUUGGCGAACCCCUCACCAAUCACACCCUGGUGCUCAAUGUCCUGCGCGGCCUCAGCAAUCGCUUCUCUGACGUCGGUGAUGGGAUACGAGUCGGCCGCCACCUGCGCAUCGGUCAUCCCUUCCCCAAGUUCCUGGAUGUCCGCGCCAUGCUGCUUCUGGAGGAACUGACGAUGGUGCACCGGGCGUCGACACCCUCGACCGCCCUCCUCGCCUCCACUGGGAAGUCCACGCUCGGCGAGGCGUCAUCCUCCUCCUCCAGUCAAACGCCCGCGUAG